UGUGUUGCGAGUCAGGUGGCUGUCUGGUGCCGGGCUGCCGCAGCUGCGUUGUUUCCCUGUUGCCACCCUUAGCCUCAGCCCACCCAGGAGUCCAUCUGGCCAUGGACGCAGUGACUGUGUAUCACGGCAAAAUCAGCAGGGAGACUGGGGAGAAGCUCCUGCUUGCCACCGGGCUGGAUGGCAGCUAUCUGCUGAGGGACAGCGAGAGCGUCCCGGGCGUGUACUGCCUGUGUGUGCUGUAUCAAGGUUACAUUUAUACAUACCGAGUGUCCCAGACAGAAACAGGUUCUUGGAGUGCUGAGACAGCACCUGGGGUACAUAAAAGGUUUUUCCGGAAAAUAAAAAAUCUCAUUUCAGCAUUUCAAAAGCCAGAUCAAGGCAUUGUAAUACCUCUGCAGUAUCCUGUUGAGAAGAAGUCCUCAGCUAGAAGUACACAAGGGACAAGAGAAGAUCAUGAUGCCCACCUGAAAGCACCAUGAAGAAAAGGAAUACACCUUGUAUUUUAUUUUCAAUAAUUUAAAUAUAUGCUAAGUUUUGUAUAGUAUAGAUAAUACAGUCAGUGAACCAUAAAUGCAUUUCUAAAACCAUUGUAGUCCUGUAAUGGAAGCAUCUAGCGUGAUGUCAGAGUGGAAAUGGACUUUGUAGAUCAUGAGGAACUUUGAAAUGAGGAUGAGGAAAAAAUCAUUCCAUAGGUUACUUUUGGUUAUUAUAUUUACACAUGGUAAACAAUUUAAAGCAUAAUGAAUACUUUAUAAAAGAUUAAUGUGAAGUCUUGCCAAACGUGAAUAAAAAUAAUACUCAUUUUUUUGUCAAAAGCUGUAUUUUUACUGCAAUAUUAUUUGGUGGUUACUGAUUUUCAAAUGGCUUGCUUGAUUGUAUGGUGGCAAGUUGGUUGGUGUCCCUCGUCUUUGUCACAUGCAGUUCUCCACUAGUUAAGGUUCUUAGGGGAUUUAGGAAACUGUGCAUUGUGUGCUAAGACAAGUACUAGGUAAAGAAUGAAGAAAGCAACCUUCUUGCCUACUGUUCUGAUGUUGGGAAGUAAAAUCCACAGACCAAUCUGGAGUUUAAAAUCCCAUAAUUUAAAAUAUGCUCUAAAUGUUUACUGUAUUUGAUGAUACAACCUUCAAAAUACUAUAUUACAAAGCCAAUGGAGCGGAUUUUUAUUUUUUUCAUUUACCUCUGCCCUAGUUGUUUCCACAACAUGUGAAACCUCAUUUUGAAUUUUCAGCAGCUGCAGCUCAUGAAUAACUGAUUUGUAAACAUUCUGCCUUUAGGGUAACCCUAGAAGACCAUUUGAAAGCUUAUGGUUACAUUAAUUUUUAACAAUUCCAAGUGAUCGAAACAAGUGAGAGUUAGAAUUUUAUGCAAUAUUUUCUUAUUGCAUUUAUAUUUUUAUGACUUCUUUUGUGAUCGUAUGUCACAGUGCUUCAGGAUUCACACAAUUCAUUCACUCAACAAGCAGGAUUGGGACUAAGGGAAGAGAAGUAAAAACCCCUGGUCCCUGCCCUCAGCUGGCUCACCUGGUUUUGGACAAGAAAACAAUAAUGAAAGCUGAUCAGUACUUAUGUGAUGUUCCCCAGGUAUAGACAGAUCUGUCUUUUCAGGCAGAAUGAAUCAACACAAAUACUCUGGUCCAUGGUCCAUAGGAAAAGGCUAAGCUUCAUUGUAAGCAAAUACACUGGAAGUCUUGGUUGUACAUAAGUGUUGGUGAGCUUGUUUAGUAAUUAGGGAACUGCCAAGAGACAGAGCCUACUAUGUCUGCUGGCAAGAUCUGAUUUUGAGCAUUUAUCAUGGUUAUUAUACGAGUACAAGGAUGGAGCAUGGCCACAGUAACGCAUUGUGGGUGGUUUACCAUUUCUUGAAGUAAGAGUAUCACUUUAAGGACUUGUAAAGGAAUUCAGAAAGACUACUUUCAAAAUUAAAUGCCUGUUCGAAUACUUUUUAAUGAUGUGUAGCUUGAGUUUAAAUUUUUUAAUAGGUAUAACUAAUUUUUGCUCAUUCUAAUAUGUUCAUUCUGGAAAAAUCCUAAACAUGUGAAUUAUGUUUGCACGUUCCUUUACAAGAGACUUUUUUUUGAAAAAGCUUUUUUGACUCA